CAAAACAUACGCGGAGUUAAACGUUGCUUUCUAGUUCGAAAUGCUAACUAAUCAUCGCAAACAAUAGUUUGAUCGCAACAAUUUCUGUUUCAUCUUGCUCACUCCCUCUCUUCAUCGCAACUCGCACCAUCUUCAACCGUUUCUCAAAUGUCGGCUGCAAAAACGAGCACGAAGAAGCGAGCCUCGGAAUCUGGGCAGCAGAAACCGGAGGUCCGGAAGCGAGUCAAUCUCGAGGAGGACUUCGAUGCAGAUCUCUCCGAAGAUAUCAAUGUGCUGAUGACGGCAUUGAAGCAGAUAAAAGAGAAAGCUCAUAAGGAUGACCUGAAGAAGAACGAAGAGACGAUUUCAAGUGGUUUUUCACAAAUCAAGGCAAAUAUUGAAGAUGUGAAGUCCAAACUGGAAAAAGAAAGGCAGAACUUUGCCAAGGCACUCUCCAAGAGCUCAAAAGAGUGGGAGAAUCUCUUGAAGAAUGAAACUGCCAAGUUUGAAGGAAUCUAUGAGAAGUUCAGCAAGGACAAGGCUACCCAUCUGCAGACUCUGAAAGACACUGUGUCCAAGUAUGAGGAAGAAAAACUAAGGCUAUUCACUCGAUAUGAACAACAAAGGAAGAAGGAAAAGAACGUAUUGUCUGAACUUGAGAAAGACACUUCAAAAAGAUUGGCUGAACUCGAAGAGUCAUUGAAGAAGAAAAAGAAACAGGAUGAUAGAACAUUUAGCACUCUGAGGAAGAAACUUGGUUCCUUCCUGGACAAUGCAUCAGAUGAGGACUUCCUACUUGAUGAGUAAAAAGGCUGAGCAGUCUUCCUGAGAAUAACCUAUUUGGAUAUUAUAUAAUAUAUACAUAUAUAUUAGUUUUGCACAGUUUUGUGGAUCUCUAGUUAUUCUAUUGACAUUUAUAAUUAUAGUUUUCUAGAAUGCUUGUCAUACUUAAAGCAAGCUUUGGACAAACUGGUUUCGUUCCCAGGGUGAGUGGUCAUUUAUUAUGUUUCACGUUUGAUUGGAGUUUUAGAUACCAGAGACUAAUGAAAUAUUUUACCUGUUAA